AUGGCCGACUCGCAGGGCGGCGAAGGUGACGACCCACGGCCGUCGUUCAAGGGCUACUGGCAGCGCUUCAAGGAGAAAGCCGCCGGCAAGAACCUCAAGUUCGUGCCUAGCAAAGAUGCCGAGGACCCGGACACGGCCUCUGCGCAAAGCAAGACCCAAGCAAGACGGGCCCAAGUCAGGAAGGCACAGAUCCAGCAUCGCCAGCGCAAGGCCAACUACACCAAAGAGCUGGAAAUGGACAUCGCAAGACUGCGAGAGAAUAUAGAAAAGGACGAGCAGGAGAAACUCACGCUGAAGGCCGACAACGACACUAUUCGACAACAUCUAGCUCACAGAAGCAGUAGUAUCAGCCUGCUUGGCUCUACAGCCUUCAGUCUCGCACCCCCGACAGCUGUGACCGCGUACUCUUCCGCUCAGCAGUUUCCGGCGUACCAUGUCAGUCUCGACAUAUCUGAUUUCAUGAACACGCCUACAUUCCAGGUCGCGAGAAGCUCCAUGCCGUCCUCCCACACGGGUAUAGGCAGCGGGACUUUAGGCACACAGGCACCAGAGGAUCUAUUCGCCGCCACCGUCGCCUCAUCCUCGUCAUCAGUAUCUCUACCGACAGGCGGUGGCGGUGCGAGUAUGGCACCGCCGAUGGCAGGAAUAUCAUCUUUAUCGGAGGCGCAGACAGAUCAGGCGAUCAACUUCAUCCUAGCUCUCGAACACAUCUGCUGGGACCACUUCGACGCCUCGCACUACACGCACGCAGACUACGACGCGACGGCCGAUGAGAACGGCCACAUGCUCAUGGCCUCGUCGAUAGCGCUGCAAGACGCACCGACCGACGUCUUCGAGCGGAUCGACGCGGUGCAGCAGCGUUUACGCGCGACCCACGUCGACGGCCCCCCAAAAAUCACGAGGAGGCAGAAUGACGGCAUUCACACUACCACCACCACCACCAGCGACAUCUCAUGGCAGACGACAAGCUGCGCCCUGACGCUUGAAAACCUCCACGACCUGGCCUCGACGCUGAACCCGCCCGACAGGGAGCUCGCGCCCGUGCAGGCCUGGUUCGAGAUCGCGCGGCUGUACGGGCUGCACGUGGCCGUCGACGCGCCUCUCAUGGACGCCGUCAAGCGCGCUUUUGCGGGCGUCGUCAAGUGCCUGGAUUUUGGGGCCGUUAUCGAGCGGGAUGCGUUUGAGAGUGUGCUGAGGCGCGUGAUUGGGCUGCCUGCUAGGGCGGUGGUGGGUGAGGAUGAGGAUGAUGGACAGGCCGUUGCAGGGUGA